AUUGUUCGAAUGAAAUAAUUAAAGAUUACAUUGACUUACUUGAUUUAUCCGAUAAUGAUGAGUUUAUGUGGGGUGUGCAUGAAAAUGACAACUGGCAUGCAAAUUUGCAAAACAAUACCAGCGAAGUUCCGAUGCUAAAACACAGAUUACAAAAGCGUCAAGUAACUAUGGGGUCAGGCGGAGAUUUGUUACAGCCAAAUAAAGCAUAUGGUGCUUGUCGUACCCCGCAAGGCGAGUCUGGCAGCUGCAGACAUAUUAUAUAUUGUCGCAUGCCUGAGCUCAAGGAUGAUGUUUGGAAAUUGGUUUCACAUUUGUGCGUUAUAGAAGGCAGUACAAUCGGUAUUUGUUGCCCGGAGCGAACACUAUCUCGCUUAGGUCCACAAAUUGUUAAUAAUGUUGAUGAUAGUAGCUUGAAAGAACCACGUAUUGUAAAUCGUCCUGAUCGACGUGGUUGUGGCAUAACAACAAGACAAUUUCCACGUGUAACUGGUGGCCGACCAGCAGAACCGGAUGAAUGGCCAUGGAUGGCUGCAGUACUACGACCAGGAUUACCGUACGUUUGGUGUGGUGGAGUUUUGAUAACUGAUCGUCAUGUGUUAACAGCUGCGCAUUGUCUACAUAAACUUAAAAAGGAAGAGUUAUUUGUACGUUUAGGUGAAUACAAUACACAAAUCAUAAAUGAAACACGCGCACGUGAUUUUCGUAUUGGUAGUAUGGUUACACAUAUUGACUACGAUCCACUGACAUAUGAACAUGACAUUGGAUUAAUACGUUUGGAUCGUCCAUCACUAUUUAAUACAUAUAUUUGGCCAGUUUGUAUGCCACCCAUUGGUGAAAAUUGGGAAAAUCGCGUUGGCGUUGUAACAGGUUGGGGUACACAAACUUUUGGUGGACCGUAUUCAGAUAUUUUAAUGGAGGUAUUGCUGCCUAUUUGGAAACAUGGAGAGUGCAAAAGUGCAAUGAUAGAACGCAUACCAGACACGGUACUUUGCGCGGGUUUACCAGCAGGUGGACAAGAUUCGUGUCAAGGUGAUAGCGGUGGACCAUUGUUGGUGCAACUAUCCAAUAAUCGUUGGGUAACUAUUGGUAUUGUAUCGUGGGGUGUUCGUUGCGGUGAAGCGAAUAGACCAGGAAUUUAUACACGUGUUGAUAAGCAUUUGCAAUGGAUUAUUGAGAACUCUGAUAUUUGAAACUAUAUAUAAGAAUAUUUUUUAAGUAUGUUUAUCUUUUGUUUUUAUUUUUUACUAUUGU